UUUUUUUUUAGCCCCCCCCACCACCAGUAUUUUAGAAUGCUGAUGCAUCAAAGUUUAAAUUCAACGACAUAUAUAGGUCAUCACACCUUAGCAGUACAAAGAGGGUUAAACCUUGGUGUUGCUUUAUUUAUAGUAUCUGAAGCUUUAUUUUUCUUAGCUAUAUUUUGAGCAUUUUUCCAUAGUCUAAGCAUUAUGUGGAUAGGAGCCAAACUCCGGGGAAGCCCUAAAACUCUAAUAACUAAACUUCAUAAGGAAACUUAUAAAGUGGCCCCGUUAACAACUGGGGGUACAGUAACAUCAUUAGAGAUUCUUGAUACAAAUCAAGGAAUGGGUAAUCGCGGAUCUAAAAUAGAUAGUAUUAUAUCUGUAAAAGAGCAACGAGUAGACGGUUCCUCAGUAUUUGUUUUUUAAUACUGUAAGGUGUAUUCUAAGUGCCAGAGAAAUUUGGUUUUUAUGCAAUUAAUAAAAGAGGUUUAUACUCUUUUUGAAUCUAUACUAAGAUUCUAUACGAAAAUUUAUUAUUUUAAUUCCAAAAUAUACUCAUUUGCUAGUAAAGCAAUGUCUUCUAAUUUUUAGUAUACUUACACUAAUGAUUUAAAUCUUUAUUAUCUUACUGGGUUUAAUGACGAGAAAGGUUGUUUUUUAUAUAGGUAUUAGUUAUAA